AAUAUUCGUAAAGAAACAUUCGUUUUAGCAAUAGGGUGUAACAAAAUUCCAUAAAUUAUUAGGAUAAAUUACUUGUACAACAAAAACAUAUCUUGAUUUAUCAGAUAUGGGAAACUUCCAAAACUUCAUUUUCCUCAUUUUACUACUAUCGACUACUUUAAUACAAUGUCAGGAUGAUUCAAUACCCUUAGAAGAACUACCAGGAAAAAUAGAGCCAUGUGACGAAGACACAAACACCACUAACAGUGGAGAAAAAACAACAACUUCAACUUUUAAUGGAGAACAAGAAACAACAACAUCUGGUGGAGAGGGAACUACUUCAUCAAAUGAAGAACAGAAAUUUUCCACUCCCUCGCCUGGUGAACAAGAAACGACCUCAUCUAGUGAAGGAACAGAAAAAUCAACUUCUGGUACACAAGGAACAACUUCAUCAAGUGAAGGACAAGAAUUGACUACACCUUCAUCUGGUGGAAAGGGAACAACAUCAUCCAGUGAAGAACAAGGAUUUACUACUCCUUCAUCAGGUGGACAAGAGACAACUUCGUCUAGUGAAGGACAAGGAUUUACUACUCCUUCAUCAGGUGGACAAGAAACAACUUCAUCUACCGAAGGACAAGAAUUGACUACUCCUUCGUCAGGUGGACAGGGAACAACAUCAUCCAAUGAAGGACAAGAAUUCACUACACCUUCGUCAGGUGGACAAGGAACAACAUCAUCCAGUGAAGGACAAGAAUUGACUACACCUUCGUCAGGUGGAGAAGGAACAACAUCAUCCAGUGAAGAACAAGGAUUUACUACUCCUUCAUCAGGUGGACAAGAGACAACUUCGUCUAGUGAAGGACAAGGAUUGACUACUCCUUCAUCAGGUGGACAAGGAACAACUUCAUCUGGUGAAGGACAAGAAUUGACUACUCCUUCGUCAGGUGGACAAGGAACAACAUCAUCCAGUGAAGGACAAGAAUUGACUACACCUUCGUCAGGUGGAGAAGGAACAACAUCAUCCAGUGAAGAACAAGGAUUUACUACUCCUUCAUCAGGUGGACAAGAGACAACUUCGUCUAGUGAAGGACAAGGAUUGACUACUCCUUCAUCAGGUGGACAAGGAACAACUUCAUCUGGUGAAGGACAAGAAUUGACUACUCCUUCGUCAGGUGGACAAGGAACAACAUCAUCCAGUGAAGGACAAGAAUUGACUACACCUUCGUCAGGUGGAGAAGGAACAACAUCAUCCAGUGAAGAACAAGGAUUUACUACUCCUUCAUCAGGUGGACAAGAGACAAAUUCGUCUAGUGAAGGACAAGGAUUGACUACUCCUUCAUCAGGUGGACAAGGAACAACUUCAUCUGGUGAAGGACAAGAAUUGACUACUCCUUCGUCAGGUGGACAAGGAACAACAUCAUCCAGUGAAGGACAAGAAUUGACUACACCUUCGUCAGGUGGAGAAGGAACAACAUCAUCCAGUGAAGAACAAGGAUUUACUACUCCUUCAUCAGGUGGACAAGAGACAACUUCGUCUAGUGAAGGACAAGGAUUGACUACUCCUUCAUCAGGUGGACAAGGAACAACUUCAUCUGGUGAAGGACAAGAAUUGACUACUCCUUCGUCAGGUGGACAAGGAACAACAUCAUCCAGUGAAGGACAAGAAUUGACUACACCUUCGUCAGGUGGAGAAGGAACAACAUCAUCCAGUGAAGAACAAGGAUUUACUACUCCUUCAUCAGGUGGACAAGAGACAAAUUCGUCUAGUGAAGGACAAGGAUUGACUACUCCUUCAUCAGGUGGACAGGGAACAACUUCAUCUGGUGAAGGACAAGAAUUGACUACUCCUUCGUCAGGUGGAGAAGGAACAACAUCAUCCAGUGAAGGACAAGAAUUGACUACUCCUUCGUCAGGUGGAGAAGGAACAACAUCAUCCAGUGAAGAACAAGGAUUUACUACUCCUUCAUCAGGUGGACAAGAGACAACUUCGUCUAGUGAAGGACAAGGAUUGACUACUCCUUCAUCAGGUGGACAGGGAACAACUUCAUCUGGUGAAGGACAAGAAUUGACUACUCCUUCGUCAGGUGGACAAGGAACAACAUCAUCCAGUGAAGAACAAGGAUUUACUACUCCUUCGUCAGGUGGACAAGAGACAACUUCGUCUAGUGAAGGACAAGGAUUGACUACUCCUUCAUCAGGUGGACAGGGAACAACUUCAUCUGGUGAAGGACAAGAAUUGACUACUCCUUCGUCAGGUGGACAAGGAACAACAUCAUCCAGUGAAGAACAAGGAUUUACUACUCCUUCAUCAGGUGGACAAGAGACAACUUCGUCUAGUGAAGGACAAGGAUUGACUACUCCUUCAUCAGGUGGACAGGGAACAACUUCAUCUGGUGAAGGACAAGAAUUGACUACUCCUUCGUCAGGUGGAGAAGGAACAACAUCAUCCAAUGAAGGACAAGAAUUGACUACACCUUCGUCAGGUGGAGAAGGAACAACAUCAUCUGGUGAAGGACAAGAAUUGACUACUCCUUCGUCAGGUGGACAAGGAACAACAUCAUCCAAUGAAGGACAAGAAUUGACUACACCUUCGUCAGGUGGAGAAGGAACAACAUCAUCUGGUGAAGGACAAGAAUUGACUACACCUUCGUCAGGUGGAGAAGGAACAACAUCAUCUGGUGAAGGACAAGAAUUGACUACACCUUCGUCAGGUGGAGAAGGAACAACAUCAUCCAAUGAAGGACAAGAAUUGACUACACCUUCGUCAGGUGGAGAAGGAACAACUUCAUCUGGUGAAGGACAAGAAUUGACUACUCCUUCGUCAGGUGGACAAGAGACAACUUCGUCUAGUGAAGGACAAGGAUUGACUACUCCUUCAUCAGGUGGACAGGGAACAACUUCAUCUGGUGAAGGACAAGAAUUGACUACACCUUCGUCAGGUGGACAAGGAACAACAUCAUCCAGUGAAGAGCAAGGAUUUACUACUGCUUCGUCAGGUGGACAAGGAACAACAUCAUCCAAUGAAGGACAAGGAUUGACUACUCCUUUGUCAGGUGGAGAAGGAACAACUUCAUCCAAUGAAGGACAAGAAUUUACUACCCCCUCAAACAGUGAACAGGGAACAACAUCAUCUAGUGAAGGACAAGAAUUGACUACUGGCGGACAAGGCAUAACCUCUACUGAAGGUGAAGCAGCAAUUACCACAGGUGUUAAUUCGACAACAACUGAAGAAAUUCUAGAAUGUAGAAACUUUACGGAAUAUCCUGACCGUUUCCUCAGGGGAUACACUAUUAAACAACACCAUAGAAGUACGAUAGAAGAUUGCAAAGAGCUGUGUGCUGUUGAUGAUAACUGCAAGGCAGUAUCGUUUUAUAUUCCAGGAAAGUCUUGUUAUCUUCACAGUGAAUCCAAAUUUACAGCGGCAAAAAGUUUCUGGUUUUUUGAAAAUUAUAUUUAUUUUCACAAAUCAUGUAACUUUGACGACGUUUGCCAAACUAUGGAUGUAUACGAACAAAGAUAUUUUACUACAACAAAUUUAGCGGUAAAAUCCGGCCAAACUAUUGACAGUUGUAAACAAAUGUGUAUUGAUACAAAGAGCUGCAAAUCAGCAACAUACUAUAAGAACAAUAAAUAUUGUUACCUAUUCAAAGAGUCAAAAGAUACAAUGCCAAAUAGAUAUUUAAUCAACUUGAAUGCCGUUUACAUGCAAAGAUCGUGUGAAAAUGAGACAAGAUGCGAAGGAUUUGAUCAACAUACAGAUAGAUAUUAUUCUGGCAAUUUUAGAACAUAUGUUAAAGGUGUCACACUAGACGUUUGUAAAAGGAUUUGCGGAGAAGACAACACUUGCCAAUCUGUCAACUAUUACACAAGUGGAAAGUUUUGCUAUAUCAAUAAUGGAAUAGCUGUUCAAAAACCAGAAAAAUAUAAAGUAAGCAAAGGAAAAAUCUAUUUACAGAAAAAUUGUGGACCGAAAAAUGAACGCAAUUGUACGUAUACCGAAUACAAGGAUAGAAAGCUUAAUAGCUUUAAUAUUGGGUUUGUUAGCGGAAAGACAUUGGAAGAUUGUCGGAAAUUAUGCGAGAAUGACGUAGUGAAUAGAUGCAAAUCUGUAAGCUUUAGAACAUCAAAUGGAAAUUGUUAUUUACACUACGAAUCUAAAGAUACAAAGCCAAACAAUUAUAAAACAGCAACAAAACACAUUUACGUUCAAAUAACGUGUAAACAGGAAGAACGUUGUGAAAAUAUUAUUGAGUACCAAAGUAGAUACUUAGCUUCGCACUAUUCCAAUUAUAUUGGUCAACAAACUCUGGAAAGUUGUAAGACAUUGUGCAAAGAAGAUACAUUUUGCAAAUCUGCUAAUUAUUAUUCAUAUAAUAAAUACUGCUAUUUGAAUUACGAAACUAAGGAUACGAAACCUAACUAUUAUAGAGCCUAUAAUAGAAUAACUUAUUUACAUAAAGAUUGUAAUGAAGAGAAAAAUUGUACUGAAUUGAUUGAAUAUCAAGAUCGAUAUUUCUCUGGCUAUCGCAUUUCUACACUUGGACAACAAACAUUGAAUAGUUGUAAAGAAAUGUGCGCAAAAGAUAAAGAGUGCAAAGCAGCGACCUUUUACAUUCCGAGCAAGUACUGCUAUCUUCAUAGAGAAUCGAAGAGUACAAAGCCAAAUAAUUUGUGGUAUUAUAAAAAUUACGUCUACAUGCAUAAGUCUUGCGAUAAAGAAGAAGUUUGCGAAAAUAUGGAUGAAUUUGAAAAUAGAUAUAUAAGUGGAAAUUUAAUAGCAUAUAUAGGACGACAAACUAUUGACAGUUGUAAAAAAUUGUGUACUGAUGACCAGAAGUGCAAAUCAGCAACCUACUACAAUAACAAUAAAUAUUGUUACCUUCACAAAGAGUCAAAAAAUACUGUACCAGAAAAUAAUUAUCUAUUGAGUGUGAAUACAGUCUAUUUACAUAAAUCAUGCGAAAAUGAGACAAGAUGCGAAGAAUUCGACGAAUAUCCAAAUAGAUAUUUUCAAGGAACUUAUGGAAGAUAUCUUAAUGGCCAAACAUUAGAAAGUUGUAAAAAGAUUUGUGGAGAAGAUAACACUUGCCAAUCCGCCAACUUUGAUAAAAAUCGUAAAACGUGUUAUAUCAAUAGAGAAUUAAUUAGUGAAAAGCCAAACAAAUUCCUGAUAUCAACUAGCUAUGUGUUUUUAAAGAAAAACUGUGGACCGAAACCCAAACACAAUUGUACAUUCACAAACUUUAGCAAUAGACUACUUAAUAGCUAUAAUAUUGGAUCAAUAGCUGGUCAAACAUUAGAAAGUUGUAAGAAAACAUGCGAAGAUGAUUUAGCGAAUAGAUGCAAAUCUGUAAGUAUUUUAAAAAGAAGUGGACACUGCUACUUCCAUUACGAAUCUAAAGAUACUAAACCAAACAAUUAUAAAACAUCAAAUGGCUAUAAUUAUCUUCACAAAACAUGCGAAGAGGAAGAUGCUUGUAAACAACUUGUUGAAUAUCCAGAUAGAUACUUAACUUCUUUCUAUUCUAAUUAUAUUAGUCAACAAACACUGGAAAGUUGUAAGAACAUAUGUAGAGAUGAUACAUUAUGCAAAUCGGCUAAUUACUAUUCGUAUAAUAAAUACUGUUAUUUAAAUUACGAAACCAAGGAUACGAAACCAAACUAUUUUAAAGCCUAUAACAAAAUAAUUUACUUACACAAAACAUGCGAACCUAACAAUGCUUGUAUGAACUUUACAUUAUACUCUCAACGACGUUUAAAUGGAUACUAUUGGACAUAUAUUGGCCAACAAACGCAGGAAAAAUGUCAAAAAAUGUGCGGAUUAGAUGAAACCUGCAAGGCUGCAAGCUUUAACUCUCGAAAUAAUUAUUGUUAUCUACAUAAAGAAUCUAAAUCUACUAAGCCACGUUCUUAUAUAACUGCUACUGGAUGGACCUAUUUACAUAAGCAAUGCGAAGAUGUUGAACAAAAUCAAUGUGAAUUUGUUCGUUUCCCAACAAGGUAUUUAGUGUCUAAUGAUAGAUCAACUCUGGCACGGCAAACUGAAGAGUCUUGCGUAAAAGCAUGCAGGGAAGAUGACGUUUACAAUUGCUCAUCCGUUGACUUUAACACCGCGAACAAAUAUUGCUAUUUAAACAAAGGAAAUAAAGACACAAAACCAGCAAGUUUCAGAUAUGCCGAUGGCUGGGUAUAUUAUCAAAGACUUUGCAAAAAAGAAAAUAUAACAAGCUGCACACGUUAUGAUGCUUAUCCAAAAAGAACAAUAACAGCUUACACACUGGCAACAGCAACGAAAUAUACAAUUGAAAUGUGUGCCAAUCUAUGUAACAGAGACGUCAAAUGCUUAUCAUUUGAUUUCGUAAACAAGACAAAGACAUGUUACCUUAAAUCAGAAUCAAAAGAUACAAAGUACAAUUACUUCAAAGCAAAUAUUAACUAUAUUCAUUAUCAUAAAAAUUGUGAAGAAGAGACAAAAUGUACCGAUAUCCAAGAAUCGCCUUCGAGAUAUAUGAAUGCCUACAUACAUACUUCAGUAGUAACAGAUAGUUUAGAAGAAUGUAAACAACUUUGUGCUCAAGAUCGAAACUGCUCUGCCGGAUAUUUUGUCAAGUCUUCCAAAUCUUGUUCAAUAAGUCUUUACAACAAAUAUGAUAAACCAGCCUACUGGAAACUGGCCGCGGGAUAUAUAUAUAUUCAUAAGAAUUGCUCUGUUCAACCAAAAGAAGAUUGCAAAUUUGAUGAGUAUCCGAGAAGAUACCUCAGAGGAUAUGACAGCGGAAGUGUUAAAGUUGAAAGUAAAGAUGAUUGUUGGAAAAUAUGCGAACAGGAUGAUAUUAAACAUUGCAAAGCCGCUGAUUUCAAUGGAAACAACAAUAUGUGUUAUCUAAAUUCUGGUACAAAGGAUACAUACAAAACUGCAUUUUUAAUUGCCAAUAAAUGGUCAUAUUUCCAGAAAAACUGUGGAGAAAAGCAAGGAUGUGGACAAUUUGAAACAUUCCCCAUGAGAUACUUGAAUGGUUUUGACCAAGCGUCAAUAUCGGGAAUAACAAAAGAAGAAUGCGAAAAAAUGUGUGCACCAGAUAAAAAUUGCUUAUCAUUUGACUACAACAUUCCAUCCAAAUAUUGUUAUUUGAACCUUGAAACGAAAGAUACAAAAUAUUCAUCCUACAUUGCAAACAAAAACUUUGAAUAUAAUCAUAAAAUAUGCAAAAACGAAACAAGAUGCGAACAAUUCGAAACAUUCAAAAACAGAUAUUUAUAUUUAAAUGACUUGACAAAUGUUGUCACUUCAACAGCAGAUCAAUGUCAACAACUUUGUGCUAAAGAUAAAAAAUGCCCUUCCGUCGAUUAUUAUAUUCCUUCGAAAACCUGUUACAUUAAUCUGAAAUCGAAAGAAACGGCCAGGAAAUCAUAUUUGGCAAACACAAACUACAUUUAUCUUCAUAAAUCUUGUAAAAAUGAAGAAAGAUGCGAGAAAAUAUUGGAAUACGAAAACAGAUAUUUGAAUGGUUUCCAAUUGACAAAUGUUGGAAAACAAACUCUGGAAUCUUGUAAACAAAUGUGUAUAAAAGAUAAAGAUUGCAAAUCAGCUGAUUUUAACACUGCAAAUAAGUAUUGUUAUAUAAGAACUGAAACGAAAGAUUCAAAGCCGACUUCAUAUUUGGCGUCCUCUUCUUAUAUUCAUUUAGAAAAUAAUUGCGAAGUUGAAGAAAGCAAACGAAUGAAUGGUUAUUCACGAACCAACUUGUUGGUGAAGGAUUUUGAAGAAUGUAAGAAAUUAUGUGCUGAAGAUAAGAAUUGCCCUGCAGCUGGAUUUAAUAAUGCAAAUAAAUAUUGCUACUUGUACUAUGAAACGAGAUACACGAAGCCUUCUGCAUACAUCAUUACUGCCAGCUGGGAAUAUAUUCAUAAGAACUGUAAUGAAACUGUAAAAGAUAAUUGCACGUCGGAGAGACAUUUAACAAGAUAUUUGAGAGGAAAUGACAUAACAUAUGUCGCUGGACAAACUGAAGAAUCAUGUAGAAAAUUAUGUGAAGAAGACGAUGUCACUCAUUGCAAAUCUGCCGAUUACAACUCUAACAAUAAAUACUGUUACUUGAAUAAAGAAACGAAAGAAUCGAAAUCCUCUGAUUAUCUCUAUGCGAAUGGAUAUGUUUAUCUCGAAAGAACAUGCAAGCCAUCUGUCUAUCCUGGAUGCAAAAAGUAUGAUUCGUAUCCAAGAAGAUAUAUCACAGCUUAUAAUAUAGUUUCGGCAACCAAAUACACAUUGGCAAUGUGUAUGGAUCUCUGUAAUAAAGAUGAGAAAUGCUUAUCAUUUGAUUUCUACAAUAAAACAAUGACAUGCAACAUAAAAUCUGAAUCGAAAGAUACAAAGUACAGUUACUUUAAAACCGAUGCCAAUUCUGUUCAUUAUCAUAAAAAUUGUGAAGCAGAGACAAAAUGUACCGAUAUUCAAGAAUCACCAUCGAGAUAUUUGAGUGCUUACAUACAUGCUUCGGUCGUAACGGAUAGUUUAGAAGAAUGUAAAGAACUUUGUGCUCAAGAUCGAAACUGCUCUGCUGGAUACUUCGUUAAAUCUUCCAAAUCGUGUUCCAUAAGUCUCUUCAAUAAAUAUGACAAACCAGCCUAUUGGAAACUAGCUGCGGGAUACAUCUAUAUUCAUAAGAAUUGCUCAGUUCAACCAAAAGAUGAUUGUAAAUUUGAUGAAUAUCCAAGAAGAUAUCUCAGAGGCUAUGACAGCGAAAGUGUUAAAGUUGAAAGUAAAGACGAAUGUUGGAAAAUAUGUGAACAGGAUGAUAAUAAACAUUGCCAAGCUGCAGAUUUUAAUGGCAAUAAUAACAUGUGUUAUCUAAAUUCUGGUACAAAGGAUACAUACAAAACUGCAUUUUUAAUUGCCAAUAAAUGGUCAUAUUUCCAGAAAAACUGUGGAGAAAAGCAAGGAUGUGGACAAUUUGAAACAUUCCCCAUGAGAUACUUGAAUGGUUUUGACCAAUCUUCAAUAUCGGGAAUAACCAAAGAUCAAUGUUUAGACAUGUGUGCACAGGAUAAAAAUUGCUUAUCAUUUGACUACAACAUUCCAUCCAAAUAUUGUUAUUUGAACCUUGAAACGAAAGAUACAAAAUAUUCAUCCUACAUUGCAAACAAAAACUUUGAAUAUAAUCAUAAAAUAUGCAAAAACGAAACAAGAUGCGAACAAUUCGAAACAUUCAAAAACAGAUAUUUAUAUUUAAAUGACUUGACAAAUGUUGUCACUUCAACAGCAGAUCAAUGUCAACAACUUUGUGCUAAAGAUAAAAAAUGCCCUUCCGUCGAUUAUUAUAUUCCUUCGAAAACCUGUUACAUUAAUCUGAAAUCGAAAGAAACGGCCAGGAAAUCAUAUUUGGCAAACACAAACUACAUUUAUCUUCAUAAAUCUUGUAAAAAUGAAGAAAGAUGCGAGAAAAUAUUGGAAUACGAAAACAGAUAUUUGAAUGGUUUCCAAUUAACAAAUGUUGGAAAACAAACUCUGGAAUCUUGUAAACAAAUGUGUAUAAAAGAUAAAGAUUGCAAAUCAGCUGAUUUUAACACUGCAAAUAAGUAUUGUUAUAUAAGAACUGAAACGAAAGAUUCAAAGCCGACUUCAUAUUUGGCGUCCUCUUCUUAUAUUCAUUUAGAAAAUAAUUGUGAAGUUGAAGAAAGAUGUGAAAAGUUUCAACAUUUUACACAAAGACGAAUGAAUGGUUAUUCACGAACCAACUUGUUGGUGAAGGAUUUUGAAGAAUGUAAGAAAUUAUGUGCUGAAGAUAAGAAUUGCCCUGCAGCCGGAUUUAAUAAUGCAAAUAAAUAUUGCUAUUUGUACUAUGAAACGAGAUAUACGAAGCCUUCUGCAUACAUCAUUACUGCAGGAUGGGAAUAUAUUCAUAAGAACUGUAAUGAAACUGUAAAAGAUAAUUGCACGUCGGAGAGACAUUUAACAAGAUAUUUGAGAGGAAAUGACAUAACACAUGUUGCUGGACAAACUGAAGAAUCAUGUAGAAAAUUAUGUGAAGAUGAUGACGUCACUCAUUGCAAAUCUGCCGAUUACAACUCUAACAAUAAAUACUGUUACUUGAAUAAAGAAACGAAAGAAUCGAAAUCCUCUGAUUAUCUCUACGCGAAUGGAUAUGUUUAUCUCGAAAGAACAUGCAAGCCAUCUGUCUAUCCUGGAUGCAAAAAGUAUGAUUCGUAUCCAAGAAGAUAUAUCACAGCUUAUAAUAUAGUUUCGGCAACCAAAUACACAUUGGCAAUGUGUAUGGAUCUCUGUAACAAAGAUGAGAAAUGCUUAUCAUUAGAUUUCUACAAUAAAACAAUGACAUGCAACAUAAAAUCUGAAUCGAAAGAUACAAAGUACAGUUACUUUAAAACCGAUGCCAAUUCUGUUCAUUAUCAUAAAAAUUGUGAAGCAGAGACAAAAUGUACCGAUAUUCAAGAAUCACCAUCGAGAUAUUUGAGUGCCUACAUACAUGCUUCAGUAGUAACAGAUAGCUUAGAAGAAUGUAAAGAACUUUGUGCUCAAGAUCGAAACUGCUCUGCUGGAUACUUCGUUAAAUCUUCCAAAUCGUGUUCAAUUAGUCUUUUCAAUAAAUAUGACAAACCAGCCUAUUGGAAACUAGCUGCGGGAUACAUCUAUAUUCAUAAGAAUUGCUCUGUUCAACCAAAAGAAGAUUGUAAAUUUGAUGAAUAUCCAAAGAGAUACCUUACAGGGUAUGACAGCGAAAGUGUUAAAGUUGAAAGUAAAGACGAAUGUUGGAAAAUAUGUGAACAGGAUGAUAUUAAAUAUUGCAAGGCCGCUGAUUUCAAUGGAAACAACAAUAUGUGUUAUCUAAAUUCUGGUACAAAGGAUACAUAUAAAACAUCAUUUUUAAUUGCAAACAAAUGGUCAUAUUUCCAGAAAAACUGUGGUGAAAAGAAAGGAUGUGAACAGUUCGAAACUUUCCCAAUGAGAUAUUUGAAUGGAUUUGACCAAGCGUCAAUAUCAGGAAUAUCAAAAGAGGAAUGUGAAGAAAUGUGUGCAAAAGAUAAAAACUGCUUAUCAUUUGAUUUCUAUAUCCCUUCGAAAUAUUGUUAUUUGAGCCUGGAAACUAAAGAUACGAAAUACACAUCAUAUCUCUCUUCUAACAACUAUGAAUACAACCAAAAACUGUGCAAAAAUGAGACAAGAUGCGAGAAAUUCGAAAGAUUCAAUAAUAGAUAUUUAAACGGAAAUGAUUUAACAAGUAUUGUCACUGGAACUGUUGAGAAAUGUCAGGAAUUAUGUGCUGAAGAUAAAUCAUGCUCAUCUGCCGAUUUUUAUAUACCUUCGAAAACUUGCUAUUUGAAUUUGAAAUCCAAGAAUACGGCUCGAACAUCAUAUUUGGCAAACACAAAUUACAUAUAUCUUCACAAAACCUGCGAAAAUGAAGAAAGAUGUGACAAGAUAUUUGAAUACGAACAUAGAUACUUGAAUGGGUUCGAAUUAACCAAUGUUGGAAAACAAACAUUGGAAUCUUGUAAACAAAUGUGUAUAAAAGAUAAAGAUUGCAAAGCCGCUGGUUUCAACAAUGGAAACAAAUAUUGCUACUUGUACUAUGAAACGAGACAUACAAAACCGUCUUCUUAUAUUAUUACUGCAGGAUGGGAAUAUAUUCAUAAGAACUGUAACCAAACUGUAAAAGAUAAUUGCACAUCAGAGAGACAUUUAACAAGAUAUUUGAGAGGAAAUGACAUAACAUAUGUCGCUGGACAAACUGAAGAAUCCUGCAGGAAGUUAUGUGAAGAUGAUGAUGUGACAAAUUGCAAAUCUGCCGAUUACAACUCUAACAAUAAAUACUGUUACUUGAAUAAAGAAACGAAAGAAUCGAAAUCCUCUGAUUAUCUCUAUGCGAAUGGAUAUGUUUAUCUCGAAAGAACAUGCAAGCCAUCUGUCUAUCCUGGAUGCAAAAAGUAUGAUUCGUAUCCAAGAAGAUAUAUCACAGCCUAUAAUAUAGUUUCGGCAACCAAAUACACAUUGGCAAUGUGUAUGGAUCUCUGUAAUAAAGAUGAGAAAUGCUUAUCAUUUGAUUUCUACAAUAAAACAAUGACAUGCAACAUAAAAUCUGAAUCGAAAGAUACAAAGUACAGUUACUUUAAAACCGAUGCCAAUUCUGUUCAUUAUCAUAAAAAUUGUGAAGCAGAGACAAAAUGUACCGAUAUUCAAGAAUCACCAUCGAGAUAUUUGAGUGCCUACAUACAUGCUUCAGUAGUAACAGAUAGCUUAGAAGAAUGUAAAGAACUUUGUGCUCAAGAUCGAAACUGCUCUGCUGGAUACUUCGUUAAAUCUUCCAAAUCGUGUUCAAUUAGUCUUUUCAAUAAAUAUGACAAACCUGCCUAUUGGAAACUAGCUGCGGGAUACAUCUAUAUUCAUAAGAAUUGUUCUGUUCAACCAAAAGAAGAUUGUAAAUUUGAUGAAUAUCCAAGACGAUAUCUAAAUGGGUAUGAUAGUGAAAGUUUGAGAGUUGAGAGUAAAGAAGCUUGUUGGAAACUAUGCGAAGAAGACGAUAUUAAACAUUGCAAAGCCGCUGAUUUCAAUGGAAACAACAAUAUGUGUUAUCUAAAUUCUGGUACAAAGGAUACAUAUAAAACAUCAUUUUUAAUUGCAAACAAAUGGUCAUAUUUCCAGAAAAACUGUGGAGAAAAGAAAGGAUGCGAGGAAUUUGAAACAUUCCCAUCGAGAUACUUGAAUGGACUUGAUCAAGCUUCGAUAUCAUCAGUAUCAAAAGAAGAGUGCCAGGAAAUGUGUGCAAUAGAUAAAAACUGCUUAUCAUUUGACUAUAACCUUCCUUCGAAAUAUUGUUAUUUGAGCCUUGAAACUAAAGAUACGAAAUACAACUCAUAUCUCUCUUCUAACAACUUUGAAUAUAAUCAAAAACUUUGUAAAAAUGAAACAAGAUGUGAAAAAUUUGAAAGAUUUAAUAAUAGAUAUUUGACCGGAAAUGAUUUAACAAGUAUUGUCAUGGAAACAGUUGAAAAAUGUCAAGAAUUUUGCGCCAAAGAUAAAUCAUGCCCAUCUGCCGAUUUUUAUAUACCUUCGAAAACUUGCUAUAUCAAUCUGAAAUCCAAGAAUACGGCUCGAACAUCAUAUUUGGCAAACACAAAUUACAUAUAUCUUCACAAAACCUGCGAAAAUGAAGAAAGAUGUGACAAGAUAUUUGAAUACGAACAUAGAUACUUGAAUGGGUUCGAAUUAACCAAUGUUGGAAAACAAACAUUGGAAUCUU